CAACUGACAAGGGAAGGUGAGAAGUGGCAAUUAGAACUGGCUGUGAGUGUCACACAGUGGGGAGGGGGUGGGGGCCACCAUGUCGUCGUAUCAGAAGGAACUGGAGAAGUAUAGAGAUAUAGAUGAAGACGAGAUCCUAAGGACCUUGAGCCCAGAGGAGCUAGAACAGCUGGACUGUGAACUACAGGAAAUGGACCCUGAGAACAUGCUCCUGCCAGCUGGACUAAGACAACGUGACCAGACAAAAAAGAGCCCAACUGGGCCACUGGAUCGAGAUGCCCUAUUGCAGUACCUGGAGCAACAGGCGCUAGACGUCAAAGAGCGUGAUGACUUGGUGCCCUUCACAGGCGAGAAGAAGGGGAAACCCUAUAUUCAGCCCAAGAGAGAAAUCCCAGCACAGGAACAGAUUACCUUGGAACCCGAGCUGGAAGAGGCAUUAUCCCAUGCUACAGAUGCUGAAAUGUGUGACAUUGCAGGUGUGGUACAGCCUGACAAGUAUAAACCAGUGCCAGAUGAACCCCCAAAUCCCACAAACAUCGAGGAGAUGCUAAAGAGGGUUCGAAGCAAUGACAAAGAGCUGGAGGAGGUGAACCUCAAUAACAUACAGGACAUCCCGAUACCGAUGCUAAGUGAGCUGUGUGAAGCAAUGAAGGCAAACACCUAUGUCCGGAGCUUCAGUCUGGUGGCCACAAAGAGUGGUGACCCCAUCGCCAAUGCAGUGGCUGACAUGCUGCGUGAGAACCGCAGUCUCCAGAGCCUGAACAUCGAAUCCAACUUCAUUAGCAGCACAGGGCUCAUGGCUGUGCUAAAGGCAGUUCGGGAAAAUGCCACUCUCACUGAGCUCCGUGUAGAUAACCAGCGCCAGUGGCCUGGUGAUGCAGUGGAGAUGGAAAUGGCCACCGUGCUUGAGCAGUGUCCCUCUAUUGUCCGCUUUGGCUACCACUUUACACAACAAGGACCACGAGCUCGGGCAGCCCAGGCCAUGACUCGGAACAAUGAACUACGUCGCCAGCAAAAGAAGAGAUAACAUCACUCUUCCUUUUACCAACCAGAUGAGUGCCCGACAUGUAAAUCCUCAUCUCACCCCUUUCCUGUAAAUAAAGUCCCUUUUGUUCAUGCCGCCUGCCUUCUUCCUUGGGCUUUGGGGUGGGAAUCUUGGCGCUAAAUCCCAAGGGUUACUGCCAGUUCAUCAAGGGAUUAUUUAUACUCUGGGGAUCAGCAGGCAGGGAGGUUCAGGUUACUAGGAGGAGGUGGGGAAGCUCUGUCCCUUGGUGUUCCCAAUAAAUCGGCCAAAGCUUUAAGUCUUUUCAACUUUCAUGGGUUAUUUGGCGUAAGACCUGUUUCUAGAGGUGACCAGAGCCCCUGAGUGCCUACCAUAACCCAAGUGUGAUUUGAAGAGGGAAGGAUUUUAGUGGAGGUGGUAAAGGAGACACACAAUAUGAAGGGCAAAGACCUCUUUCUGACAGACUUAUUAAUAGGGCA